AUGACAACUGAAAAAGAAUUAAAUGACUGCUAUGAAGCAGCUUUAAAAUUAAUUGAAGACGCUGGACAAAUUAUUGCUUCACGUAAUAGUGAACGAAAAACAUUUGUAUCAAAAACUGGUGAUAGUGAUUUAUUGACGGUUACAGAUGAAGAAGUUGAAAAUCUUUUUAAAACAAAAUUAAGUGAAAAAUUUCCAAAUCAUAAAUUUAUUGGUGAAGAAGAGUUUGGUGUUGGUAUCAAAUCACCAUUAACUGAUGCACCAACAUGGAUAAUUGAUCCAGUAGAUGGUACAAUGAAUUUUGUACAUGGUUUUCCACAUUCAUGUAUAUCAAUUGCGUUAAUGGUUAAUAAAAUUACUGAAAUCGGUAUAAUUUAUAAUCCAGUAUUGAAUCAAAAAUUUAUAACAAGACGUGGUCACGGAUCAUUUUAUAAUGGUCAAAGAAUUUAUGUUAGUGGUGAAAAAGAUAUAAAGAAAGCAUUAAUUACAAGCGGUUUCGGUACAUCAAAAGAUGAACAAAAAUUGAAUAUUGUCAAUGAGAAUUUUUUAAAAUUAUCAAAAAUUGUACAUGGUAUACGUUGUUUAGGUGCUGGUGCAUUAAAUAUGGCUAUGGUUGCAAUGGGUGUUGCUGAUGCUAAUUAUGAAAUGGGAACACAUAUUUGGGAUAUUGCUGCUGCCGAUCUAUUAAUACGUGAAGCUGGCGGUAUUGUUAUAGAUACAAAUGGUGGUGAUUUAGAUCUUAUGUCAAGAAGAGUUUUAGCAGCAGCAACACCAGAAUUAGCAAAUGAAAUUGCAAAACAUUUGACACAAUAUUCACCAUUACCAAGAGAUGAUUAA